CCGUACAAACGCUUGGACGUCCCCCCCCAGCGUAGCCUAUCAGAGCGGGACAUUUCAUGCAUGAGAACGAUCGAUGGAGUCGCUCCUCUUGCUCUUGGUUAAGGGCCAUCGAUAUAUUGGGGACUCGCCCACAUUGAAUUCCUUCUGUUUUUCUUUCUUCUCCAUUUGAGCCUCCAUAAUGCUCCAUUGUUGUCAUCAACAAUGACCGAAACUCAUCCUGGGUCUUCCCUGAAUACAAUUAACCUCAUUACACAAUGCUUGUGUAUUCCGAUCGUCACCAUCUUCGUGGCGACGCGGUUUGGAAUCCGCUUUUGGUAUAAGCAGUUUGUUGUCGUCGAAGAUACCUUCUGUUUCCUAGCAUGGAUUCUGUUCAUGGCAUACUGCGCCAUUGCCAUUGUUUUGGGACAAUAUGGCGGUGGUGUAAAUUAUCAACUGGUCCCGGAGUCAAUGCAGGUGACUUACCGCAAGUUCUGCUAUAUCGCAACCGUCUUUUACUGUCCCAUGAGUCUCUUCGUGAAAUACGCCUUGCUUUCCAUCUUGAUCCGGAUCUUCGCGCCAUACCGGGGCCGGAUUAUGUUCAUCUAUGUUCUCCUCGGAUGCCUGACCAUUUACUACAUCAUCGCUGAGAUUGUCAAAAUUCGCAUGUGUGACCCCGUCCCGGCAUACUGGACUGGGGAACCGGCCAACUGUCUCGAUCAACAAGCUGCCCUGAUUGCCGACUCGGUUAUUAGCGUCGUGACCGAUCUUAUGAUUCUCAUCUUGCCACUGCCGCUGACCUGGUCGCUACAAAUGUCGCGGAGCAAGAAGCUCCGAGUCAUCGGCAUGUUGUCCGCUGGAGGACUCGCCACGGCCUUCAGUGUUUACCGACUGAUUCUGGUUUUGAAAGACGGCAGUACGCCCAAUACUACAGUAAUGUUUACGUGCGUGAUUCUGUCAGGUAACGCGGAAGGAGGAGUCGGUCUCAUCUGCGCCUGUCUCCCGACGAUGAAUAUUUUGAUCAACAAACUCCGGAAAGCCGGAUACAGCUACGGCUCGAACAAGUACUACCGGGACGAGUCCUCGAUGCACCUCAGCAAAAUGAAAGGCGCCAACGGCAAGGGAUUCUCCACCAUCGGAUCGAAGGGGUCCCGAACCGAGCCCGAAUUUGGAUCCGACCAGAGCCAUCUGAUUUCGUACGCGGGCACAGUCGAUAUGAGCGCCUCCGGCGAUGGCGGGAUCCAUAAGACCGUUGACGUAUCGCAAACCGUGGAGGUAUUGGCUGGAGGAGAAUCGUCCUCGAGUCAUUCCGACCAUCAGACGCGGUUUUAGCGCGCCAUCCCUUCUUUUCUUUUCUAUUUUCUUAUUUUCUUUUCUUUUCCUUCUGUAAUAGAUAUCCUUGGUGGGGCAUUUUGUAUGCAUAUUCGACUAACUUUCCCAUAUUUUCCUUUUUUCCCCUU